GAGCUGAGGAGGUUGCGGGACAUCGCACGAGUGACGUACCAGGACCGGGACUACGUGGGUCACGUAGACGCGUUGCUGCCGCUGCUGCAGGAGACGGAGCAGCUGGGUGACGUGGCGCGCAGGCGCAUGCUGCCCGAGCUGGAGGGACUGCAGUCCGAGCUCACCUCCCUGCAAGCCGCCCUGGCCGAGCGGCAGCUGCCCCGAGACCGCCUGAUGGCCUUCCUGGAUCAGCUCCGGAACCGGAAACUAAUGAUAACCUGCUGUUGUACGACAACAACAACAAGGGCUUCGAAAGAAUCCAACACCGCAACAGGAACAACACCAGACAUGGAUGAAGGAGGGAGAGCAGCAGCAGGGACGGCGGCAGCAGCAGGGGCGGCGGCUGCAGUUGAGGUGGUUGAGGGCGGCUGGCCGAAUCUGACUCCGGAUGAGGCGGUGUGUUGGCGCUACCCGCCCCUGGAGUACUACUGGGG